GUGAGAGAGCAGCAGUGACCAGUGGCGCUGGGCUGCCAUGCUGGAGAAGGAUACGGUCUUUGGCGAGGUGACGACAUGGCUGGCGGAAGCUCAGGCGACGUGUGCCGGGAUUUCCUGCGUAACGUGUGCAAGAGGGGCAGGCGCUGCAAGUUCCUGCACCCGGAGGUGAGCGAGGCGGCCGAUACUGCGGAGGAGCCGGCGCUGGUUAGAGGCGAAGCGCCGGUGUGCCGGGACCACCAGAACGGUGAGUGUCAGCGUGGCGCCAAGUGCAAGUUCCGCCACUUUGAGAGGGAGUCGCCGGAGCAGGUCCGCUCUCCCAUCGUCUACCACAUGGACCCGUACCACACCGAGUUGUACGAGGAGCAGGCGCUGAAGAGGAGGCGGCUGGAGAGCCUGCGCUUCGACCUGUACGACCACGGCGUCCCGCGACCCUUCCCCGUCGACUACCGCUACCUGGAGGAGGAGAACCUGAUGCUGCACAAGAGGGUGGAGGAGCUGAAGAAACAGGCGUCCAACCUGAUGGCCACCAACGAGGUUCUGCUGGAGCAGAACGCUCUGUACCGUAACCAGCCCAAGAUGGUGACGCUGACCACCACAGCAGGAGCCGAGCAACAGCUGGCUCCCCCCACUGUGGCCACCGUCACUGCAUACAACCACACCAUCGUGCAGGCCCACAACUCCCUCAGCAGCCAGGCCCUUCAGCCCCGGCAGGAGAUGGUAGCCCAGGCCAGCGCCGUGCCCCUGGUCUCCACCGCGCCCGCUCCCCCUCCUCUGCCCCCUCCCCCCGGGCAGCACAUGGCCACCGAGCUGGCGCUGGCUCAGACCAUCGCACAGAGCAUGGCAACUCCGGUGACCAUGACACCGGUCACUGUGUCCAUCACCCAGGCCAUCCCUGGCAUCACAGUCAGCCACGCCACCACGCCCAUGGUCAGCUAUGCCAUCGCCUCCCAGAGCAUGAGGAUCACACCCAUGCCACACUGAGAACAAGCCCCCCCCCCCCCCUCUACCCACUUGGCUUGGCUGCACCUGUCAGACCAAGCCCCAACCCCAGAUACCUCUGUGCUUUACCACUCUCACUUCUAGUCUCCACUGUGCACCCAUCUCCUGAUUUUUCUAUGGAUAGGCUCUUGCGUUUGCCCGUUUAAUCCGUGUGAGCAUAAUUGAGGGGCAAACUUAAGAUGCAAGCAGCCAGAAUUGUCCACUAGUUAGUAAUGUUUUAUUGUGUCUGCCCCACUGCUGUAUGGUGACCAUUGUAAAACCGCGCUCCUGUGGGAAGCUUCCUUUGUUUGAGACCAUGUCCAUCACUGCAGCUCGUGAUUCGGGAAAAAUGGACCAUCUUCGUAAACAAAAGGACACAAAGCGCUGGAGUAACUCAGCGGGCCAGGCAGCGUCUGUGGAGAACAUAGACAGGUGACAUUUUGUGCCCUGAUCCGUCUCUAGGCGGGGAUAAUGACACCAGCGUGCAGAGACUUCCACCUCUCACCAGCUGUGUCCUGAUUGUAGUGGACCUACUGGCUCCUGUGUUGCGAUGGAACUGCAGUUCCCCCCCCCUGUGUCCGACUCAAGCUGCAUGUACCCAACCCCUGCCCCCAGCAACACAGUCCCGCGCAGCUCUUCCUCCCGGAUCUCCUUAUCAGAAAGCAACACAACACAGUACAUCAAGGGGAUGACAUUUCAGGUCGGGAUCCUUCAAUGUCUGAAGAAGGGUCUCGAGACUCAUCUAUCCAUGUUCUCCAGAGAUGUUGCCUGACCCCCUGAGUUACUCCAGCACUCUGUGCUGUCUCGUGUAAACCAGUAUCUGCAGUUCCUUGUUUCUACAGCUCUGUUUCGUGUUACCCUGCUUAAUUAAUAUGGAUGUCGGACAGGUGAAAUAAAGCCGAUUUAAAUGGCUCGCCUCCGGGGGAAAUAAUGAGACGAAGAGAGACAAACUCGGAACUGCAGAUGCUGCUUCUCACAAAAGGACACAAAAUACUGGAGUAACUCAGCAACCCUUGGAAGAGUCACAACCUAAAAUGCCUCAACAUCCUUUGUUCGACAGAGAUGCUGCCUGACCCGCAGAGUUACUCCAGCACUUUGUGUCCUUUUGUACAUUAGUCAGCAUCUGCAGUUCUUUGUUUCAACAUCCUUUGUGCUUUGUGCCACCAACAUCCUUGGUCACGAGUCAUGCUUAAAAUGUGUUGGUCCUUUUCAAAAUGAAAAUUGUCAAUUCUGCAGUUUGAAUGUGAUUUCUAUUUAAAGUUUCAUCUUAACUGGUA